GUUUUUUCCCCCUUAAUUAAGUUUUAGCAAACUUCAGACUCAGACCCAGGACUCCACGGUAUAUUCCUGGACAGCAAGGUACUAUAAUGGCAACCACAAUCUGUUUCAUCAUCUGGGUGUUAUUCAUAACAGAUACUGUGUGGACUCGAAGUGUGAGACAGGUCUAUGACGUGGGUGACCCCGAGGACUGGGCUAUGCAUGACUUUGACUGUCCCAGGGAAUGUUUCUGUCCUCCUAGUUUCCCUACUGCUUUAUACUGUGAAAAUCGAGGUCUCAAAGAAAUCCCUCCUAUUCCUUCAAGGAUCUGGUAUCUUUAUCUUGAGAACAACAUGAUAGAAACCAUCCCUGAGAAGCCAUUCGAGAAUGCCACCCAGCUGAGAUGGAUAAAUCUAAACAAGAACAAAAUAACCAACUAUGGAAUUGAAAAAGGAGCCCUGAGUCAACUAAAGAAGCUACUUUUCUUAUUUCUGGAAGAUAAUGAGCUAGAGGAGGUACCUUCCCCAUUGCCAAGAAGUUUAGAACAAUUGCAAUUGGCUAGAAACAAGGUGUCCAGAAUCCCUCAGGGGACCUUCAGCAAUCUGGAGAACCUGACUCUCCUUGACCUGCAGCACAACAAACUACUAGACAAUGCCUUUCAAAGAGACACCUUUAAGGGACUCAAGAACUUAAUGCAGCUAAAUAUGGCCAAGAAUGCUCUAAGGAAUAUGCCACCGAGAUUACCAGCCAAUACAAUGCAAUUGUUUUUGGAUAACAAUUCCAUUGAAGGGAUACCAGAAAAUUAUUUUAAUGUGAUUCCAAAAGUGGCCUUCCUACGACUAAACCACAACAAAUUAUCAGACGCAGGGCUCCCUUCAAGUGGUUUUGAUGUGUCCUCAAUACUAGAUCUUCAGCUGUCUCACAAUCAACUCACCAAGGUCCCUCGAAUCAGUGCUCACCUGCAGCACCUUCACCUUGACCAUAACAAAAUUAAAAAUGUGAACGUCUCUGUAAUAUGUCCUACCAUACUGCCUGCUGAGCAAGAUUCCUUUGGUUAUGGACCUCACCUACGCUACCUCCGUCUGGAUGGAAAUGAAAUCAAACCACCAAUCCCAAUGGAUUUAAUGACCUGCUUCAAGCUCCUUCAGGCUGUCAUUAUUUAAAUGCAUCUUUAACAAUCUAAAAUUGGUUUCAUGAGCUAAUCUUUCUGAAAUGAAAUUUGGUUAACGUUCAUAACUUUAAGACAAAAGUCACAUUCCAAUGGUGCUCUCUGCCACCAUUUUUGUUUGUGCGGUUUAUAUUUCUAUUCAAAGAUGCUUUCACUGAUGAUAUAUAGCACAGUUAGCUUUUCUUUACUCAGUAAAACAGACGCAGAGUUAAGACAGUUUGUCAACUUAUCAACUCAAAGAUAUUCUUUCUUGUCUCUUUCACAGCUUACUAAUAUCAAAUAAUUCAAUGGUACUAUUAUGCAAUAUAAAAGCUGUACUUGUGUGCUUGUUCAAAAUUGUGUAUGCAGAUACUAUAGUGAUUGUAGAAACACAGUAAUCUAACAGGAGGUAAGAAGGUCUGUAAAAAACUGAAAAAAAUAAGAUUUUUUAUCACAAUUAAUUUCAGAUUGCCAUAUAGUAUUUGUAGGUAUAAGCUUGAUAUUUAGCUCAAGAAUGGAUAUAAAAUGUAUUAAAUACUCACCAAAAGGAGAAUUUUAGUCAUUUAAAAUCAAAUAACAGAGUUAUAGCAAUUUUCAGUUCACUAUUUUUAUAGCUGCUAUUCUUAGAUAUAGUACAGUGUACUCUUUCUAUUAAACAAGUCUUAAGUUUUAAAUUUCUUAUAAUACAUUUCUGAAGGAAUCUUAGUAUUUUAACAUUUGAAAUCCACUUGAAUUGCAAAUUGUUCAGCUCUUUUGUUGCCAGUG